UGGCUUCCGGGGACGCAAUUCCGGAAGUGGAGGCCGCUUCCUCUCGGCCUUCCUUGUCACUCUUCGCGGGACCGAGGCACCGCCACGGCGCAUGCGCAGCGCGUCUCCUUCACGGUGCCCUGCGACGGGGUUGGAGCAAGGCAGCGGUCCGCCCUCGCAGCAUCCUCGCGCCUCACGCCGCCAGGACUUCUUCGGCUGUCGCCCAAACGGCUCGCACGCACGAUGGCUGUGCCCCCUUCCUACGCAGACCUGGGCAAAGCUGCCAAGGACAUCUUCAGCAAAGGCUACGGCUUCGGACUGGUGAAGCUGGACCUGAAGACCAAAUCUCAAAGCGGCGUGGAGUUCAACACGUCCGGCUCCAGCAACACCGACUCGGGCAAAGCGUCGGGCAGCCUCGAGACCAAAUACAAGAUGAAGGAGUUGGGCCUGAGCGUCAACCAGAAGUGGAACACGGACAACACGCUGGCCACCGAGGUGGCGUUGGAGGACCAGCUGACUCAAGGCUCGAAGGUGGCCUUGGACACGUCCUUUGUUCCGAACACGGGCAAGAAGAGCGGCAAGCUGAAGACGGGCUACAAGCGCGACUACGUCAACCUGGGCUGCGACGUGGACUUCGAGGGGCCCGUCGUCCACGCCGCCGCCGUGCUGGGCUACGAGGGCUGGCUGGCCGGAUACCAGAUGGCCUUCGACACGGCUAAGUCCAAACUGGCUCAGAACAACUUCGCCCUGGGGUACAAGGCCGGCGACUUCCAGCUGCACACCAACGUCAACGACGGCACAGAGUUCGGCGGCUCAAUUUACCAGAAAGUCAACGAGGCGCUGGAGACGGCCGUCACCUUGGCCUGGACCGCCGGCAGCAACAACACUCGCUUCGGCAUCGCCGCCAAGUACAAAGUGGACGCCGAGACGUCCGUGUCCGCCAAAGUCAACAACGCGAGUCUCAUCGGCGUCGGAUACACGCAGAGCCUCCGACCAGGCGUCAAGGUCACGCUGUCGGCGCUCAUUGACGGAAAGAACUUCAACGCCGGAGGUCACAAGGUGGGCAUGGGCUUCGAGCUGGAGGCGUAGAACCACAACCUGAAGAAGAAGAAGAAGAAAAACCACUACCGCGUAGCUAGCUCCCCCCUCUCGUCCCCAAAUCCCACGCGAGCAUGUUGACUGUGUUGAUUGUCGUCGUUGUGGUGCUGCCGCUUGCUCCUCACCGAGAACUUUGACUGACCGCGUAUGCUAAGUUGUGACACUUCCGGUGGAGGGUUGCCGUGACGACCAGACUUGAGACAAAGAGUACAAACUGCGCAGCGGAAUCGUUGCAUAGUUUUGCUUCUCGACACGAUUGUUUUCAUCUGGUCGAACGACGUCUAUGUUCCGUUUUCACCGUCCUCGUCGCCCCUCGAAACGCCUUUUUUUGGUCGUCACUGUCAGAUUUCAGUUUUUCCAUGUCGACUAGGGUAACUAUUAUUAAAUAUAUUUCAAACGGA